AUGUCGGAAGGCCAAGUGACUCUGCGCACGCGCAAGUUCAUCCGCAACCCACUGCUGGGCCGCAAGCAGAUGGUCGUGUGCGUACAGCGACAACGCCAUCCCCCUCCAUCCAUCCCCCGCGAAGUACUAACAUGGGAAUUCUCACCGCAGUGACGUCCUCCACCCAUCGCGCGCCAACGUCUCCAAGGACGAGCUCCGCCAGAAGCUCUCCGAGCUGUACAAGACCAACAAGGACCAAGUCUCGGUCUUCGGCUUCCGCACCCAGUACGGUGGUGGCAAGAGCACCGGCUUCGCCCUCCUCUACGACUCCGCCGAGGCCAUGAAGAGCUUCGAGCCCCGAUACCGUCUGAUCCGCUACGGACAGGCCACCAAGAUCGAGCGCGCCUCGAGACAGCAGCGUGAGUGCACCCUGCAUGUGCGAUGGAUUGAGACUUCGGUCUCCUUUGCGAACAUGGAUACCACACCUUGUGUUUCAACGGGACAAUACACUGAUGAGGCGGUGGGAUACAGGCAAGCAGAGAAAGAACCGCUCCAAGGAGUUCCGCGGUACGGCCAAGACAAAGGGCGCCGCGAAGAAGGACAAGAAAUAG